GAGAGGUCCCAAUCCCCUGCUAAACCCUUACAGACUGCUACGACGAAAGGCAGAGUGUCUGGAUUUUUGCCUCCUUAGUGAAUGUCAAACGUGGAUGGUUUCCAAACAGCGUUGGCAUUCUUCAUGAACCAGAAAGCCGCGAUAGGUUACGGUUUCAUGGCGCUGCCGACAACGGGAGGCGAACGUGUGUUUUCUCUUGUUGCUUUCAGAUGCCCCUACAGCCAUGAAAACUUCAUGUACGGUUUGGUAUUUCUCUUAUUCCCAGCUUUUGUUUUGCUAAUUAUUGGAUAUUUCUUGACUGGCAAGAUCUGGAAACUCUUCAGAGGCUCGGCUGAAUCCCUGAAAAAUAUUCCCCAGAGGGAACAUUGCCAUUUCUUUUAUAUCUUUGGACAAAUCACUUUAAAUGCUUUGGUAGACCCAGAGAUGUGGCUUUCUGUGUCUUUGCUCAAUGGGACUUUUUAUGAAUGUGCCACGAGUGGCUUGAAAAAUCCUUCAUACUUACAUGCAGUUUGCCACAACAAAUCUACCAAGUGUUUUGAAGAGCUACACAAGGUAAUCUGUGACAAAAGCUCCAUGCCCUUUCCAGAAAGUGAUGAACUGAAACGAACUCUUCAAGCAAGUCCCAGAUUUUAGGCUGGUGUGUGAUUAGCUACCACAGCUCUUGUCUCCCUGCCAACCGCUCGCUGCGCCAGCUGCCAGCCAAAAGCCAGCCACCUUCAG